AUGGGAGGCGACGCCACGAGGGACGAAGACGCGUGCGACAGGGCCGCCGCCGCCGCCGCUGCUGCUGCAGAGGAGGAUAGCAGCAACAGUAACAGCAACAGCGGGUGCGGUGACGGCGAGGGCGAUGGGGAUGGGGACGGUGGUGCGACGGGCGAUAACGAGCUGAAGAAGGGCCUGUGGACAGCCGAGGAGGACGCGAUCCUGAUGGAGUGCGUGCAGCGCUUCCGCGAGGGCAACUGGACCACCAUCGCCCAGCGCUCGGGGCUGGCGCGCUCCGGCAAGAGCUGCCGCCUGCGGUGGGUGAAGCACCUGAGCCCCGCCAUCCGCCCGGGCCCGCUCUCCGACGCGGAGCAGCGGCAGGUGAUCGAGCUGCAGCGGCGCUACGGCAACAAGUGGGCGCUCAUGGCGCAGCACAUGCCGGGGCGGUCGGACAACGCGAUCAAGAACUUCUGGAACUCGUACCGGAAGAGGAUGCAGCGACGCGUGAAGGCUGCUGCUGCCGCUGCCAGGGAUGGGGGCGGUGGAGGGGGAGGAGUGAGUGGGGGUGGAGGGGGAGGAGUGAGUGGGGGCGGCGCGGGUGAGGCGGAUGGCGAGGCGGGGGAGGGAGAGGGAGGAGGGGAAGGGGAGAAAGGGCAGGCAGUGCAGCAGGGUGAGAAGGAAGAGCAGGGGGUGGUGCGUGCUGCGGCGGCAGCAGCAGCAGCGGGUGAGGCGAGUGUGGGCGCGCGGGUGUUCCCCAGAGCACUCUCCUACGCGGCCGUGUAUGCCACGAGCGGCAGCAGCAGCAUGAGCACCAUGCACGCCUCCCCGCUGCACCCCUCCCCACUGCUCCACUCGCCCUCCCUGCCCGCCCUCGCCCUGCCCGCGCCCACGUCCCUCGCCUCUUUCCCCCACCUCAGAACAUCCGCCUCCUCCUCCUCUCUGCUCACAGUGCCUCGCCCGCUCGCCCCCGCGCCUCCUGGACUUACCCGCACGCACCCUGCUGCUGCUGCCGCAGCCCACAGGCCCGCUGCUCCACUCCCUGCUAUAGCUCCCCUUGCUGCUGCGCCCCUCCCCGCAACCGUACCGCCCAUGCCGCAGCCUGCAGCUGCCCCUGCAGCAGGGGGGGCGGCGCACGUGGCAGGCGUGGCGGGCUCGCCUGUGCUGGACCAGCUGAGCGCGCUCAGGUGCCUGGAGGAGGAGGGGGGCUGCGGGGGGUCUGGGGGACCAGGGGCAGGCGCAACUGGGGGAGGGCGAGUUAACCAGGUCAACGGGGUCAACGGGGUCAACGGCGCCGCACGGGACAGCUCACAGCAGGUGCUGGGUGCAUCCCCCAUGCGCCUGCCCCUUCCGCGCCUGCCGCCCGAUCAAGCCGUGCCUAUGUCCAUGCAGUCUGCGCAUCACCCCAUGGGUGCUGCCCCCAUGCGCAGAGCUCUCUCCUUCUCCACCGCCUCUCCCCUCACCGCCCUGCCUGGCACCGCCCCUCCGCGCUUCCCCAACCCGCACACGGCUCUGACCACUGUUGCUCCCAUGAGCACAGCGGCACCAUCUGCCAUGUCACUCCCAGCGCCCGUGCCACCACCACCCCUCGUGCCCAUGCCCGCGCCCAUGGCCAUGGCCGCGCCUGUGGCUGUUCCUGUGCCUGUGGGCGCGGCUGGGAGCACCAGGCCCUGGAGCAACCCACCCCGGAGCAGAAUGGGCUGGGGACAGUGCGCGGGCAGCCCACCGGUACCUGCAGCACAGGCAGGCGGCAGUGCAGGGCAUGGGGCAGGCAGGCCUGGAGGCCCUGCUCGCCCGCUCCUCAUGCUGCCUGACGGGCCGAUGAAUGGAGCGCUGCUGCUCGCGGCCCCCCAUCCGCUUGCCUGCUCUCAGCCGCCUUACAGUGUGCGGGGAAGUGCCGAGGCUGCUGCCCUGUCAGGGCCCGGGCCUGCGGUGGUGGCGGAAGGGGGUGCGUUGCCGCUGCCGCUGCCAGAAUCCCUGCAGCCGCAGCCAGAUCAGCAGCAGCAGCGGUGCCUCACUGCGUCUCCCGUGUGUGGCAGCAGCGGGCAUGCAGUGCGCAACGCGGUUCCCCAUGAGAGCAGCAACCUGCCUUGUAACGCGCAUGGAGCCCACCCUCGCCCUCCUGCCGCUUGGGACUACAGCCACGGGGCGAACCCCCCGCACUCGCAGUCCGCUCAAGAUGGUGGCGUUGACCGCUGCAAGCAUGGUGCAGGCGCGCUGGUGCUGCGACAGGGCACGGGGGAGGGCAGGAGUGGAGAGGGCGACAUGGAGUGGGAGGGAGCUGAUGGGGUGGAGGCGGAAGAGGAGAUGGUUGAGGAGAAAGGGGAGGAAGGGGAGUGGGAAGAGGGGAUGAAGGGAGAGGAGGCGAGGGAGGCGGGGGUGAAGGAGGGCGGUGAGCUGCAGCGCCUGUGGCUUCCUCCAUACCUGGACACGCCGCAGAGCUCGUCCCCGUGCGGUUCAGUGAAUCCGGACGCGGUGGGGGCGUGCUUUGAUGCAGAGAUACUUGUGGCGUUGGCCGAUGAUGCCACGGGCGCUGAGAGAGGAGGCGCACCGCCCGCUUCCACUGCUCCUCAUGCUGCUGCUGCUGCUGCUGUUGAUACGGCUGGUGCGGCUGCUAGUGUGGGUACCGCCGGUGGUCUUGCUGCUGCGGCGGCAUCUGCCUGUGAGGAGCGGGGGCAGCAGCAGCUGCGCGGUGGGCAGGAGCAGGAGUUGGGCACACAUCAGCAGCAGCACAGGCAGCAGCAGCGUGGGGGCGAGGUGGACGGGGAGGAGAGUCUGUCAGGCACGCUGUGCUCGCCCUCCACUGCCGCCUCGCCUGCUGCUGCGCCCUGCAUGGGCCACCGCACGCCCAUCUCCAAGCGCUCCUCCCUCCCCACACGCACACCCCUGCGCAAGAGCACGCCUGGGUCUGCCCGGCGCCCGCUGUUCUGCGCGAGCAUAGAGGAGGAGGAGGGCGAGCAGGUGAAGGAGAAGCAGGAGCAUGAGAAUCGGGGGCGUGAGUGGGAGUGUGUGGGAGCAGAUGAUGGUGGUGCAGGUGGUGAGAAAGAGCGUGGAGGAGAGGAGGGCGGGCUGCAGGCGACGCAAGGGUUGGCAGGGGAGUGCUUGGCGGCGGGUGUGUGGGCGUGCAAUGGGGACAGGGAGCGGGACACUGUGUCUCCCCUGCACCGCCACCUGCCAGUGGCCGUGGCUGUGGCUGACGCAGGCAGGAUGGGAGGGGGCAUGGGGACUCGGGUAAAGGAUGAGGUUGGCAAGGAGAUGGAUGGGGAUGGCAAGGCCGUGAGUGGGGAAGGACUUGCGGAUAUGGGAGGAGGGGGGCAGGGGAGGGGUGGGGGUUGUGAGAGGGAGUUGGAGAACGGUUUGCUGGACGGCGUGGUGGAGGGGUCUGUGUCUGGGGGGUGUCUGUCUGGGGGGCUGUGCUCGCCCGUGCCACUGCCGCCACACACUGCACCACCACCACCAGCGCCAUCGGCGUUCUUUCCAACCCGUCCGCACCUGCUGUGGUCGCCUGCUCGCUCGCCCCUCUUGCCCCUCUCGCCCCUCUCCCCCACGCCGCGCUGCCUGCCGCCCGCUGUGUUCCCGGGCAUGGGGAGCGUGGGCGCGGCUGACGGCAUGGACGCCAGGGGGCGUGUGGGCGGGAAGAGGCCGCUGGCUGGGCUGCCAGCCGCAUCAUGCCCCGUGGGUAGCGCCGCUGGUGCUGCUGGUGCAGUGGGCGCAGAUGGGGUGAAUACCAUGGGCAGGGUGGGCGGUAAGAGGCCCCUGGGGGACGUGUCAAGGCUGGGUGGCAUGCGGCAUGUGGGGAGUGUGGGAGGGAUGAACGGGCUCGGUGGCAUGGCUCGCUUGGCGUGCGUGGAUGCUGUGGGUAGGGCAACAGGUGGUGCGGACAGGGUGGGGCCGAGUGGGGUGGUAGGGCCAGUGAGGAGGGGGCAGGGCAUGGGAACGGUUAUGAGGAGGCGAGCACUUAGAGGCGCCUCUGCUGCCAUCCUUCCCCUCCCUCUUGCUGCUGCUGCCCCUUUUUCUGCCGCUCCUUCACUUCCUGCCGUCCCUGCUGCUGCCGCAACUGUCCCUUCCUCUGCCCCUGCUACUGCAGCUGCUGCUGUGCCUGCUCGUGCCUCUCGCUUUGCUGCAACAACCACUGUUGCCGAUGCUGAUACAGCCGCUGAAGCUGCCACUGCCACUGCACCUCUUUUGCAUGUGCCCAAAGAACCAGCAGCAGCAGCAGCAGCAGCAGCAGCAGCCCAGCAACCGCUGCUGUUGCUGCCAACCAACCCCUCCUCGUCCCAUCAACCGCCCGCUCUCAACCCCUCCCACACCACCGCCCCCGCCAGCACCCAUCAUCCCGCCCCUGCUCCUCCAGCAGCAGCCGCAGCAGCAGCACAAGCCUCGGAGCCGCCUCUGUCGCACCGGCGGCUGCAGCAGCUGCAGGAGGCUCGGCGAGUGUGGCAAGCCAUCCUGGACAGCCCACGUGGCAUGUGUGCCGCCCUCCGGGAGUGCAUGCCGCCAGCGCUGCGCCAGGUCACCGCUGACGUCACCACGCCUCUGUUCCCGCUCCCUGCUGCUGACGCCUUCAUGCCCUGCGCUGACGUCACCAGCCCACUUGUGUCGGGCGAGAUGAGGGAGAGAGGGGAGAGUGGGGGAAUGGAGGGGGGAUGGGCUAGCGGGGAGGUGGGGAAGGGAGAUGCGGAUGGGGAGAUGGUUGCUUUGGGGGACAGUGGGGGUGGGGGUGGUGAUGUGGGGAGUGAUGGCAGUGAUGCGGGUGGCAGUGGGGGCGGCAACAGUGGUGGCGGUGACAGUGAAAAGGCAUGCGAGCGAGAGCUGGUGGAUGGGAUGAAUCGGCUGGAGACGGGUCAGGGGGUGGAGGGGGAGGAGGGCGAGGAGGGUGGGGAGGAGGGGGAGGAGGGGGGAGAAGAAGGGGAGGAGCGAGAGGAGGAGGUGGAGGAAGGGGAGGCGGAGGGUGUGGAGGUUGUAGGGGACUCGUAUGACCUUGAGAGGGAGAUGGGGGAUGGCGGGCAGAAUGGAGCACAGGGAGGGGGGUGUGAGGUGAAUCAGGACGGUGGUGUGGCUGGGAGGGGUGGGGAGUGCAGCACACAGGCUCGGCGGACGGAGGUAGGGACAUGUGAGGGGGGCAGUGGUGCGGGGGCCAGUGGUGGGGGGAGAUUGCGGCAGCCAAGGAGUGAGGAGAGCAUGGCAGCGGAGCAGACAGCAAGGAGGGCGGGGCAGAAGCAGUGGGUGCUGGACGAUGGGUUGACUGCGGAUGGCAGUGCGCACAAGCGAGUGAGGCUCAUGGAGGGUGGUGAGUGGAGGGCGCGAGAGCAGGGCUGUUGGGAGCACCCGGUGGAAGAAGAAAAAGGAAGCAACGAGGAAGCUGCUAGUGCCGGGGAGGAGUGCAGAGAGCAGGGGGUGCGGGUGAGCAAGGGAGGCAGCAGUGGCGGGCGCAGCAAGGCGAGGCAGAGGAGGGGGUGCCGCAGCCAGCGACCAAUGACUGUUGAGAUCCACCGGCCAUUCAUGCGUGUGACUCGAGUGGUGGGGAAUGCAGGCGUGCAGGCGGAGGGGAGGAGCGUGAGCAUGGUGCAGGAGGAGGCAGGGGUGCAUGGUGGGAGUGAGGAAGGAGGACCACGCACUGCAGGCAAGCACGCACUGCAGGAGGGAAUGUGCGAGCAGCAGCAGGGGGAGAAGAACGGGCAGCAGCAGCAGCAGCAGCAGCAGCAGCAGCAGCAGCAGCAGCAGCAGCAGCAGCAGCAGCUACAGAGCCCGCUUCUGUAUCACUUCCACGGCUCAUCGCUAUUCACACCCACUCAAGCACCACUACUCACCCCCUCCCUCACCUCCGCCUUCACCCCCUCCUUCACCCCGCCCUUCUCCCAUGCCCCUCCCCUCACCUCCCCCCACUUAGCGUCCUUGCUCGGCUCAACACCACCACCAGCCCACAGCAAUCCAACAGGCGCAGAUCCCUCAAAGGAGGGGAACAUGGAGGGAAGCCAUGGCUUCGGUAAUGGGCACGAGGAUGGGCGGGGGCAUGUGCAAGCGCAUGCCCAUGCGCCUGGGUCGGGAUCAGGAGUGGGAUCGGGGGCGCUGCUGGCUGCAAGCCCCCGGUUUGAGAGCGGGUGGGUGUGGGACAUGAAGCUUGACGCCCUCUCGCCAGCUGCCAUGGCUUCCCACUAG